UAAACAUGGUCUUCUCUAUUCCAGGAGACCCUUCUGUUGCCAAGUCUCAACUGCUGCGGUAUGUGCUCAGCACCGCACCCCGUGCCAUCCCCACCACCGGCAGAGGCUCCUCUGGCGUUGGCCUGACUGCUGCCGUCACCACAGACCAAGAAACCGGUGAACGGCGCCUGGAAGCAGGGGCCAUGGUGUUGGCUGACCGGGGUGUGGUGUGCAUCGAUGAGUUCGACAAGAUGUCUGACAUCGACCGCACGGCCAUCCAUGAGGUGAUGGAGCAGGGCCGUGUCACCAUCGCCAAAGCCGGCAUCCACGCCCGCCUUAACUCCCGCUGCAGCGUCCUGGCGGCGGCCAACCCCGUCUACGGCCGGUACGACCAGUACAAGACACCCAUGGAGAACAUCGGCCUGCAGGACUCCUUGCUCUCCCGCUUCGACCUGCUCUUCAUUGUGCUGGACCAGAUGGACCCCGAGCAGGACAGGGAGAUCUCAGACCACGUCCUACGGAUGCACCGCUACCGCAACCCCAACGAGCAGGACGGGGAUGCCAUGCCCCUGGGCAGUGCCGUGGAGAUCCUGGCUACGGAGGAUCCUGACUUUGUGCAGGAGGAGGAACAGGAGCUCCAAGUGUACGAGAAACACGAUGACCUCCUGCACGGGCCCAACCGCCGCAAGGAGAAGAUCGUCAGCAUGGAGUUCAUGAGGAAGUACAUCCAUGUAGCAAAGAUGAUUAAGCCCGUAUUGACCCAGGAGUCGGCGAGCUACAUAGCGGAGGAGUACUCCCGCCUGCGCAGCCAGAGCCAGAUGAACUCGGACAUUGCCAGGACUUCCCCCGUCACGGCCCGUACCCUGGAGACCUUGAUCCGCCUCUCCACGGCCCAUGCCAAGGCCAGGAUGAACAAGACUGUUGAUCUGCAGGAUGCUGAGGCAGCUUUGGAGCUGGUGCAGUUCGCCUACUUCAAAAAGGUGCUGGAGAAGGAGAAGAAACGCAGAAAGCAAGCGGAUGAUGACUCGGAGACCGAGAAGGAAGAGGAUGAGGAAUCGCAGCCCAAGGAGGAGCGCAAGACGAGGAGGAGAAAGAAGGCACGCACAGGAGGCGAGGGGGACUCCUACGACCCCUACGACUUCAGUGACGCCGAGGAGGAGAUGCCGGAGGUCCAGGCACACACUCCCAAGACGCCCGAAGCCUCGGCCACUGGCGAAGCGAAGAAGCCGGAGUUGACUGAGCCGAGGUUGAAAGCAUUCAAGACUGCCCUCCUGGAGGUCUUCAAAACUUCCCAUGCCCAGUCUGUGGGUCUGAAGAACGUGAUGGAGUCCAUCAACCGUGACAACCCUGAGCCCUUCUCGUUGGCGGAAGUGAAGGUGGCACUGGCCCACAUGCAAGAUGACAACCAGAUCAUGGUGUCCGAUGACAUUAUCUUCUUAAUCUGA